GGACAUUUUUCGUUCAGCCGAACCAAUUCUGCAUUUGGCAUUCAGAGUUCGCGCGUACAAUUGUGAACAGCAGCGGUGCUGCGCGUGUUGAAAAUCGGGAAUCAGUUAAAUUAAAAGUUCCAUUACCGUUAAAAAACUGUAUUUAGUUUAAUUCUGCAAACGAAAUUGUUUAUGAAGAGGCUUGGGCGCUGGGGUCGUGAAUAAUGUUGGCACAGGAGAUCGCACCCACGGAAAUUGGCAAACACGCAAACAUUAUCAGAGCUGCCCAGGAGGAAUUGGCAAACAUGGACGUUCUCGUGUGCGGACGAUGCCUGAGGGCCUACCACUUCGUGGAAGAGUUUCAGGGUCACAAAGAGGAUGCCUGUGAGAAAGAGAACGCGAACCUGAAGGAGUCGCUUGACACUAAACCCACCAUCUGGGCGUUCACUCUGUGGAAGGCUACGCAGCUGCACACGCGCAAGGACACCAACUCGGGGAGCUCAUGGGCCCUGUACCAGCACUGGGUGAAGCUAGAAGACAGCGUCCGGGAGCCUUGGAUCGUGGCUGGAAAGACCAUACAGUCCUUCGGCAAGAUUGCCCAUGGACAGCUUCAGGACAUGCCGGUGCGCAUUACCAAGACGGUUGUGAAUCCGAACAAUAACAAUACGUCCAACAGCAACAACAAUACGAGCGUCUCCCCCACCAGAAAAUCCCCGGCCGGUAAACUUCCCACCUUGGCCAAUCAGCUGAAAGACACGGAAAACGAAAGACCCAAGUCCAAGCCGGGCACGCCAACGCUUCCCUCAGUAGCCGCCGCCGGAACAGUCAAGCCCAACAACCGCAUAGCCAUUCGCAUCGAUGCCAAAACAGAGCAGCGUACCGAAGAACCAGUGGAAAAAAUAGUGGCCAAGCGGUUCAACCCGCGCAGAAAAACCCACGAAUAUUUGGUAAAGUGGGUAGACCGCUCGCACCAUGAAAACACCUGGGAGGUGAUGGCCAAUCUCGAGCGAGUUCCCUACUUCCUGCAGAUGUUUGAGAAACAAUUGGCGCGACAGAAGCUCACAAGAGAGAAGGGCCUGGACGCACUAAAACGCAUGCAGCCGACCGGGUCGUCCUCGAAGACGGAUACAGUCGCCCCACUUAGUCCGGUCCCGGCGCCUUCACAAGUAUCGCCAUCUUCUCGACCCUCACGCACUUCCAAAACCAAGGCCAUGGACUCGUUUAAGCAGUGGGUCAAUGAGACUGGCGGCGGGGAUGGUUCUUCCUCGCCCUCCUCGGCUAACGAGGAUGAAUCUGCUACGGAACAAGAAUGGCCACCAUCGUCGGGUCCGGUCAAGCGCAAGCUUAACCACACAGACUCCAGUCUCGAGGGGACCGGGCUGAACGACUCUAUGGACCUUGAGGACCUCGAAGAGGACCUGCCGUCGCACACCGUAAAGCGUCUAAAAAACGGAGGAAGCUCCGUGCAGUUGAAUAAGCCACGGGUUCAGCCCACGGAAAAGCAGCAGACUAAAAUCAAUGGCAACUCGACCGUGUCCGUAACGGAGCAGAAGAUGGGUGAGAUUAUCUACACGGAGGACAGCACCAGCUCGGGGAUGUUUCGCAAACCCGAAAUGCCGAACACUUUGCACCUGAAAAAGGAGAAACCAGAGUGUCCCGUGCGGUAUCUCGCGCGCUCUGAGAUGUCCAGCAGCACGAGAGGUGUCUUUCGGGUUGAAAGUUCUGAAGCACCUUCUCCCGUUUCGCCAGCCGCCGCGCCACAACAGAAGGUCAGUUCCGCGCCCAUUGGCGCAGGCGUAGCCAAGCGCCUGCCCGUGGCCCGACCUGCACACUCCGGCGCUAACUCCCCCAUCACCGUGGGUCAACGACAACAGGUGCUGCGCACCCCCGGUCAGGGCCCCACAACAACAGCAAUUCAGCGUCGACCUGUGGUGGGCGGCACACCACUGGCGCGGCAGAACCAGCAGCAGACGCCCGGCCGGGCUCACCCGGGCGGUCGAGUCCUAGCCCGCGCUGGUGUCGGAACGCCGCAGCAACGCCAACUUGCGCCGUCUUCGCAGGGCGGUAAGGUAGUGACGCCAGAGCAGAAGAUUUUGCAACUUUCGAAAUCGGGGGAUUUGAAAGUUACGCGCAAAGUGGUCACCCGGGAAGAGAUUUUGGCCCAGCGCGCUACUCAAGCCCGGCAGCAGCGACACGUGCAGGCUCAACAACAGUCAUCCCAGAUGCAGAAAAUGACUCCUGGCCGGCAAAGGAUAGCUCCAAAACCGACGCUCCAGCCAACCCCCCUGCAAAUGGAGUUAGAGGAGGAAGUGCAGCAGCACCAGGCUCAGUUGUGUCCGAUCACCGGCAAGCUUAUCGGCCAGGAGGAAACCCAGUUGCAAAUGGAGCAGGAGCAGCAGCAGGAACAACAGCGCGAGCAGUUGGAGGCCGCGGCACAGGCGCUUUUGGGCAGCGAUCAACAAGUUCUUACCAACGAGGACGGCUCUGCUUUGUUGGUUCGGGGCGAGGACGGCACUGUCUACCAGGUGGCGGGAAAAAAUGCGGAGGGUCAAACCAUACUUGUUACCCAGGGUCCGGAUGGAGAGCAGCAGUUCGCUUACGUGGCUGCCGCCGAGGGAGAAGACCAGGAUGUUCUCUCUCUUGACCACGCAGUGGCAGAGGCCGUUCAAGCAGGAGAGCAGGUUGAGGCACAUGGAGUCGCAGCAGCUUCAGCGGAUGGCGAGCAGAUUCUGGUGUCUAUGACAGAGGAAGAACUGGCGCAGCAUCAGGUGCUUCAACAAGCAGAAGCAACGGUCGCAGGCACCGGAACACCGCCCACGGCCCAGAUCCAUAUCACGACUUCCGAUAGCGAUGGCACGGAAGCCCAGAUCCCGGCCGAGGUGGUGCAGGCAGAUUUGCCUUCACCGGGAGGUACCCGUCGUGUCGUUUUAUUGCUACAGGAUGGCACCUUCAUGAUGACUGAGAUGCACGAAGAACAGUUCAAGACGCUUAACAUCCCGACGUAAAAUCAUGUUUAUAGUCUUCAAACAUAGAUUUAGACGUAGAUCAUAAGCGAUAAUAUUGAAAAGACCUGUCGUUGCUAGGUUUCUCCCACCUUCAGUUCCGUUAAGCCCUAGCCAUUCCCACACUGUACACCACAUGGGCCGCGACUGCCAGUGGUUUUAAGACUAUUAUAUUUUGAAAGCAUGCCGGGAAUUGUAGAUUACAAGCUGUUCCUUUGCCCAAACUUAAUAUUGCGUCAGGAAAGGCAGCAAAGGACGACAAAAUAAAUUACGCGAAUACAUAAA